UAAUUUUAUAAUUUCAAGUUUGAGCAACCAUAGUAAAAGAAAUAUGAAAAUGUCUCCUUAUUACUAAGGUUCAAAAUAAAACAUUAUGUGAAAACUGCAUAUGCAAAUAAAACAAUAAAUGCGUAUUAGAGAAAUACUUGUGAAUUCGCGUUUUUACUAGACAGAAUAUGUCCCUUUUGACUUGCCGUAGUAUUUACAUGGAGCUAAAUUCAUGGUCGCACUGUGUGCUAAACAUGUACAUUUUACAUUUACCUCUCCGAAUCUUUUAAAUUUGUUUAUUUAACCUUUUUUUGUCCAGUAGACUAUAAACCGACCCGAACAUCCACAAACCGUAUUUAAAGUAAACUAAAUACAGAUAUCGCAUGAAUGUGCAGCAGCUGUCAGCGAAUCUCAAGUCUGUCCGAAACGGAUCCCAUGAUCUUUUUUUAUAAUCAUGUCUGAUGAAGAACUCCGGCCAGUUCCGAAAGAACGAGCCGUCCUGGAGAGUUUCUUCACCCAGCUCGGCACGUUCUGGUUCGACAGGGCGAAAGAUUAUGUGGAGAAAGAAAAGGACGCCAGUAAGAGCGCAGGGGCCAUCUGGGCGUCAUUACUGUCUGCUCUCGCCCAUCUGGCAGCUGCUGAGAAAGCUUACCACAACAUGACUUUCCUCGGCCAGAAACUAGGUGGCCAGUCAUUCUUCAGCCGAAAGGAUUCCUUCAGAUCUAUUUACACAUCUUUACACAAUGAACUAAAGAAGGUGGUCUCCAUGGGUCGCCACACAUCCGGGGGCUCCACUCUUAACCUGGAGGAUCUGCUUUCGCAUUUGUCUGAGCAGCUCUGUCAUUUUGCACAGGCCAGAAUGGAAAUCGCUGACUUCUACGAGAAGUUGCAUUCGCUGGGCAGCCAGAAGACGGUCAACUCCGAGGAGCUUGUGAGCACCCUGGAGACAAUUUUGAAGAAGUACAGUUCCAGGUUUCACCAUCCCAUCCUGAGUCGUCUGGAGAGCAGCUUCCAGGUGGAAGUUAAUGUUCUGACACAGCUGUUGCAGUGCCAGGCGCAGAUCUCAGAGUGGCAUUUCCUCCCAUCCCUGCUGAACCUACACGGUGCCCAGUCCAAACUUCAGACCUGGGGUCAGGUGUUUGACCGGCAACGCGAGACCAGGAAACACCUGUUUGGAGGGCAAUCCCAGAAGGCCGUGCAGCCCCCACAUCUCUAUUUCUGGCUGCAGCGUCUGCAAGCGACACUCCUGGCCAAGUUCAGCUUCUACUUCCACGAGGCGCUGAGCCGGCAGACGUCGCAGUCUGAAAUAAAAACCCUGACAGCACGCACCUGCCCCGAUCACUUUGGCAAGAUCUCGGCCUUUAUCCGCAAACAUGACGCUUUUAACGUCUCUUUGAUCUUUGAUAACCGUGGAUCAGAGAGCUUUCAGGGACAUGGCUACCAUCAUCCACAUUCAUAUCGUGAAGCACCUAAAGGCGUGGAUCAGUUUCCAGCCGUGGUGUCACUUCCUGGUGGAGAAAGGCCGGUCACGCACUGGCCUAACGUUAUCAUGAUCAUGACAGACCGCUCUACGGAUCUCAACGCUCUGGAUAAGGUGGUGCACUUCUAUGACGACAAAGUCCAGAGCACCUACUUCCUAACCAGACCUGAACCUCACUUUACUAUAGUGGUGAUCUUUGAUGGAAAGAAAUCUGAGAGAGACACGCACAUUGUGGCAUUCCUGCAAGAACUAACAGGGUCACUAAGGAACACCAAACCCUUUACUACACUUAAACCAGGCUCCAAAGGCUAAAGUUUAUACAGUACCUACAGCUUACCGUUUUAAAACACAAAACUCACCUGUUUAAUUGAAUAUAAUUUCCUCACUCUUUGUGGACAUUAAAUGUUGUUGAGCAUUUAUUAUGGUUGCUAUUUUACUCAAUGUGCUGCUGGAACUGUUCAUGUGAUUCAUGUUAUCUUUUUAUCUCCCUAGAGCAGAGGUGUCAAACUCAGUUCCUGGAGGGCCGGUGUCCUGCAGAGUUUAGCUCCAACCAGCCCAAACACACCUGUCUUGAACUUCCUAGUAAUCCUGAAAACCUUGAUUAGCUGCAUCAGAUGUGUUUGAUUAGGGCUGGAAAUAAACUCUGCAGAGACACCAGCCCUCCAAAAAUUGAGUUUGACACCCCUGCCCUAGAGUGAAUAUAAGAGGUCCAAAAGUUUCACAAGACAAACCAUUUUCAGACCAAAGACAAUAUAUCUGUUAACAGGCAAUAAUGUUUGCCUUGUUUUUAAUUUGCUUUAUGCUGAUCAUUUAAAUAAUUUUUUUCUUUCUGUAAGUUGUGCUUUGCCGAAUGUGAAAGGGACCCAUUAACAAGAAAUAUGAUUUUGAUGUACAGCAUAUUUUAAUAACUUAAAUUUUAUCAAUUUGACAGUUUUUUCCAACCACUGUGAAGAUAAAUCGC